ACAAUAUGAUAACCAACCGAGUUAACUUAUGAUCAAUUAGCUGUAAUCGUGAAUACAGCCAGAAAUUAUUUACUGAAAAUUAUUUACUAAGCAAGAUUGAAACAUUAUUAUUUAAAACUGACUAGGAGAGAUGCUCUUGGCUUCCUUUGUAACUUCCAACAACAAUGUUUUAAGGCAGUCAGUGAACUGUAAAGUGUCUAGGCCUUUUUAAGUCGUUUCCCUUUAAAUGAUAAGUCACUCGUUUGACGCAGACGAGAGAUUUAUAUCGGGCAAAUUGUAAAGCUUUGCUUUGUGCACGAACCACGUAAUCCUGUUUUAAAUUUAUUAGGUUAGCCGACAAUAAAUUAGUAAAUUCUGUAGUCCGCUGACCCGGAAACGUCGCUUUAAUGAGAUUUUUAUUUUAAGGAUAUUCAAAGGACCCCGGUUCUUAACAACGCUGCCAUGGUAACAUUUUUAUGUCGGGCUAUACAAGUUCAUGUAUCAUUAUGUAGGAUUAAUUACAUUUCGACUUUGUUCCCGCAUGUCGCUCGCCGGUACCUGCCGCCGCUGAUGGUGUGAACGCGUACAACAUGCAGUAUACGGCGAUGCAUUGGGCUUGUAAGCGCGGUGAUGAAAAUUUGGUCAAACUCUUGGGCGGAGUCACUAGGCAAGUGGUCAAUGAACGAUCGGUGAGUGAAUCCUAAACUAAUCCUGAAUCCUUGUGAAUCCCAAACUGUUACUGAAUUGGUGGUAUUUAAUCUCAACAUAAGUGAGAAAAGAACCCAAAAAGUACAUUAAAACCUACACUUAACACGAAACAAUCGUAGGUUAUAAUUUGCAUUAGACUUUAAAUGGACUUAAGUUAGUAAUGUGUUAACAUCCACAGUAAGCGUAAUUGCUAAUUUAACUGUUACCUAGAAGCUUUUAUGUCCAAUCAAAUUUACUUACUACGGGUUAUUUUGCCUGUUUUACUGUAUCGUUAAAGUGUCGUUACAAUCUUUUUCAUGUGGUGUUCGGCAUCGGCGACGGAAGUAGAAUGGGGGAUACACACCUCUGCAUAUCGCGAUGCAGUUUCGUCACGAGAAUGUUUGCAAACUAUUAGAAGGAGUUUAUGAUGCUGACCCGAAUGUUCGCGAUUGGUCGGGAAGGAAGCCGAGACAGUACCUAGUCCACAUGGACACAUCACUGUCACCAGGAUCAUACAGAAAAGCAGACUCAUAUGAUUUACGACGGACUGUUACCUCUCCUCCGGUCUUAAGAGUCACUCCGAGCUCGAUUAAUGCUCAAUCAAAAAAAGAAGGAUUUCUCCGCAUUGGUUCGCUUAACGUGAGAGUGAAGAAAACAACGGAAGCGUUUAGCAACUUCCUAGGCGUGGGCGCAACUAGGUCUUCGGCAUACUUACCUAAGUCAGCUCGCGACCGUGAGGAACGGCGGUCGGAGGAUAGCGACCAGCUCAAGAGUUGGGGUUCCGCUGACAAUAUACAGAAAGACGACAAACUGAUGCCACCACCUAAUAGUAACAAAGUGCGCCGCCGCGGCGCUAGCGGUCGCCGGGGGAUCGGAGCAGCGCAUAGCCGGAGCACACCGUCUACACCCGACCAGCCACGAGCUCAGAUUGGUGUGAGUGAAGAAGGAGACUCCGAUUCAGACUCCGCUGCAGGAUUCCACUCAGCAUGGCGACAACAAAGAGCUUCGCACUGCACAUAAAUAUAAGUUAUCAGAUACAUUGUGCCUUAUCCAGAUACAAAAAAUGACUUCAUUUGACAUGGGCAGCUGGGCCAACAAAAUAUUUUUUGAUAAUAACCUUUUGGUUUUUAUCCAGCAUGAGAAUCUUUUAAAAUUAAAUAAUAAUUAAUCUUUUAAGGAAGUAACAUUCAUCUUGUUCUAUUUAAAUAGAAAUGAAUUGAAAUAUGAGUAUUUUACAUUAACAUAAUGUAGUCAGAUCUAAUUACAAUUAUGAUAUGUCCCCAACAACAUGAGUCACAGAAGGAGCUCCUCGUUACAGAAGAGGAAAAACUUACCGCAGUCACAACAAUGAUCAAUGGAAACAAAUUGCAUGUCUGAGAAGAAAAAUAAUGACCCUGACUUGCAUAAAAACAAACAAAUGAAAAGCCUCCACUGAUCGAUUCAUUGAUAGUUUACAAAGUUAAACAUAUUGUAAAAUGUAUUUUUUUGGUGUAUUUGAUGUACUGCUUUCAAACGUUUUCUAAUGUGCCUUUUGAGAACCAAUUGCAUGAAUUGAGGAGAAGACAUGUAAGCAUGCGAUCUCAGGUUUUGCUUCUAACGCAAUUCAAGUUAAAAGCAAGUCAAUUUUGAUUUACGUUUAGGUUACUCCACUUUGUUAGCGAACACCUUAUCGCGUUCAGAAUGAAGUUCGACAAUAGUAAGCAGGUCCAUGGGGCGUUCACUUAUAUAAAAUAGUGAAUCUCACGUAGGUACUCAUUACGGCCUGCUCAAAACGCGUUGGAACCAAAAUCUGGGAUCGUGCCAUUAUGCGAAAGCUAGCAAUAACGCGCCAAGCCGAAGCAAAGUAGGUACAUCUUCAUUAUUCCACACAAUUGACAUGCUACUUAUAUGUAGGUAUUAUUAUAAACAUUUUUAUUAGGAAAGCAUAUCCUGACAUUCCAUAUUAGCAAUGUUUUGUGUAAAUUAUUUGCGAUUGCAGUCUCUAAUGUGAUAUUUUAUUUUUGACCUUUACCUAUGAUUUUAUUAUCAGUAUUUUAUUGAAAUGAUCGUAUAUCAUAAUCAUUUAUUUUAUAUAAAUGUUUUAACAGGCACAACGAGAUUAUUUUUGAGCAAUAAAAAUCGUAAAUAUGUAUAUUAUGAAAUUUGCGGAGGAAUCCUAAAAAGUAAGCCUGAAUUUUAACUUAUUAAUUACAAUGAAUGAAUGAAUUUCUAAAAUAUUUGACAAGUAAUAAAAUAUUUUUUUUAUUUCAAAA